UAAGAUUCCCUUAUUAAUCUUUGUGAUCUCUUGGUCACCUGCUUACAUAUAUUAAGAGACUUCCCGGUUUUUUUUUUCAGACUUAUUGAAUAAAUAACAGAUCUAGCUACAGACGAAGACAAAAUUAUACAACUUUAGUGAAAGCACGCGCAUCUAUUUUAUAAUAAAAUCUAAACAAAUGAUACCGAAAAACAAAAGCGGAAAAGUAACAGUCGCUUGUGUGACUUGUGGUUAUUAUGGCUUUGAACUUUAUCCGCUUGUAAGGCCCUAGUGGUUUAAUAACCUAGAAGCAGAAGUCUUAGAUUUAAACACUCAAAAGUAUAUAAGACACGCUAAGCAAAAAAAAAAAAAAAGAAAGAAAUCACAAAAGGCUCUUAUAUAAAAGGUCACUAAUGAAAAAUGAUGGUAACAUUGCUGCAAUGCAACGUGGGGUGAGGCAAAGCCUGUAAAAAAAUCGAAAACCUAAUGAGAAUCUACUUUUCCUAUAUAAGCAUAAAAAAAAUAUGAAAAUCUUUUUUGCCAGACUUUACUAGAAAAAAAUCUUAGGUUUUUACACGCUUUUACACCCUUUUUUCAUAAGAUAAUUUUUUAAAGGACGUCCAGCCUGAAAUUUUACCAAAUUUUAAGAACAUGCCAAGGCUCAGCAGCAAAGUAUCGCUUUGUCUGAUUCGUUCUAAAAUGCAGAAUCGAAUUAUGUUCAUAAUAAGAACUUAAAUACCUCUAUUACCUCUACCUAAUAAUUCAUUUGGUAUUAUAUCUUUUUAUAUAAUAAAAUUUAAUAACUCCGUUAAGAACAUUCUCAGCCUUGAAAUGCUCCAAAAAUAAGAAGGCCCAGCCUCCACUGAAAAUUAGACGUUCUUAUAUAAAAAAAGAGUGUAGUUCGCAAAUGUUGGACUCGCAUAUGGCAUUUGCCAUUUUUUAUGUCAGUUUUUAUUCGGCUUUUUUUUUUUAAUCAAUGGAACGAUAUGCGAGACGAAUAACAGUCUAUGGUUGUUAUAAAUAGAGUAUAAGAUUACGUUCAUGUGUUAUGAAAACUUUCAUAUACGUAUGAGCCUUACGUUAUGGUAGUCCCGCUCAUGGCACGGACAAGGUUUAAAUCAAAAUAGUGACCGGGGCUCAAAAGGUCGGUGAUGGGACAGUAUUUUCGUUAAUAUCUAAUCCAUUAGAUAAUGGUUAACUAAAUUAAGCACUUAUCCUUUGUUUUUCCUUAAUUGUGAAAAAUAUUUCAAAACAGACUAGUAAAGGCGGAACUUCAAAAUUGAAUUCACUUUUGUCGUGACUUCUAUCAGUCACUUAGCCAUUGAUAUUGUUUUACCACCCAACCGGACCUCAACUCCAUUAUCCAUUCUCUAUCGGAAAUUAAACAAAUUAAGCAAAAAAAAACUUGUAUCAUGAAACCUUGAAACCUAAAAAAAAGAAUUAUUGGUUGUUGUUAAAAAAAAUGUAUACCGCGGGGGUUUCUAAUAAAUUUCAAUAAAGAAACAACUUUGAAAUAGUGGGGGCGCUCUUCUGCUGAUUUAACGCUGCGAUGACCACUUCUCGCAAUAGGGAAUCAGGGUAGGAAUCUACGUCUUAAUAAAUUAGGACUAGAAAUGCCUUGUAUUUGACAAUACACUUGGUGUAAAGAAAUCGACAAGAUGAUUGCGUUUCGGAAGUUCUACUGAGAAUUCUAAAAAGGUCGUGUUGAGAGAUCGCUGCGUUUAAAAUGGACUAUAUAGUUAUUCCGCUGAGAAAAAAGAUACAAAGAGGGGACGUUCCCAGUGGUAAUCAAUUACCAAGCGCAAAACAUCGCGUUUGGGCCAGAGAGUACGCGAAACCACGUUACGAAUAAUGCAUUAACAAAAAGAACUAGGUUAAGAAAUUUUUGACAUUUUAGAAUAUUUUUCUUUUAAUACCUGGUAUUUAUAGAAUCUCUGAAGACCAUUUAAAUAGGGAUUUAUUCACGGGUGAACAUUCCAGUUAGGAUUAUGCUUAGAGGUAUCUUGGGGAUGAUAAGGGGAGUAGAGGAAAUAGUUGGGCAUAUUAUGGCCGUUUGAAGACAUUCUUGACUCGCUACCUACUUGUUUUAUUAAAUGCUACGAUUUAUAUUUGAUUUACAUAGUCCAUAUGCCUUUGAGGAGAGCGAUUUGCCUGUGUUAAACCAAAAACAAAAAACAUUUUUCAUUACUAAGAGCAUGGAUAUAGAACAAAUUCCGAAAAAAAACUGAAUGUUAAUUCUAUAUCUAUAUCGGUUCAAUAUCUGUUCAAUCUUACACAAGAGAACCAUAGCUCUGUCGGAAGCAUUUUAGUGACUAUUUCAUGGUGCGUUGAAUUUGAAUUGAAUUUUCCUGUGUCCCACAUGGAAAGACCAUAGUCACUGAGCUUAUUCCAACUUAGAGAACUAAGUUAUCUUCGUAAUCUCACUACUGUUAUAUAAACAACGAAACGCAACACUGCUUCGAGGCACUGCGGGAAACAAGUAGCUUUUUCACCUGGCUCAGCAUGGCUCUUCGUCAUCUUACCAACAAGUAGCUAGUUUGAGCGAUUUUAAUUUAGUCGCGCUGAGCGCCAUGCAUAGGUCGCCCUGCACCCCGCUAUUGUCACUCUACCCCCAGUAAACUCUCAACAUCCAUCCAAAAUAAAUCCGUAUUUUUUACCAAUUGAACGCGCAAGGCUCCGACCGCGCAAAGGGAGCUUUCUGGCAACGCGGCACGGCAAGUGAGGCGUGCAUCGCACGAUAGCGUCUUUUUUCUCCUGUUAUCCCGCUUCACACCAGAUUGUGGCGACUAGCGCGAAAAUAGCUCAGGGCGGUGAUUGUUGUGCUAUCUGUUUAACGUCUAAGUGACAAUAGAGUGCUUUGUUGUUUUAAGAGCUUACUGGAUAAGUUUAUUGUAUGGUUUAGAGUGGCGCUAUUGGCGAUGAGCACUGCUCUAAUGGUGUUAAGUGGAGUGAUCUAGCCAACGGCCCCGAGGGACGAUUUAUAGUUUGCUUCUUUAGAAAAUGAGAUAAAAGUCAAAGCGCGCUAUAUCAUGGCAGGAUACAGGUCUAAUGCACGGUAAUAAUGGUAAUCAGUAGAUCUACCGCUUUAUUUAUAAUAACUAAGGACCUACAACUUCAAGCACUAUUUGCUAGCGGCGAUAACCGAUGUAAGUAGGUUCACAUUAGCGAAUAAGAUGUUCAAUACACCAAGAUUAUCAUAUUUCGAAUCAUUCCGUGACCUCAAAGAUAAGAUCUGUGGGCGGGGCGCGUAAAUUAAGCGAUUUAAAAAAUCAGUAAACUUUCUAACGGUCUAGGCAAAUAGUGUAUUAUAUGGGAAUGAGCUCCGGGGAAGAGGAUCUUAAUAGAAUCAUUGACCCUAUUUUCCGGCCAAUCACAGGUCUUCAAGUAGAUGUUAAUGGAUAUCGAUCACUAUAAGAUUUCCAAACGAAGCGAAAAUAUUAGAUAAUUGAGUUUAGUUGAGCACAGGCAUUAUUUUACGGUCUAUGAAGAAGCUAAACAAAGGCUGUGGAGCCCCCUACACUCUCCUGUCAAGAUAUACAAUGUACCCCAUGCAAGGAGCCAGGGAGAGCAAACAACAUGAAUCCUUCCGCCAAAUAAAAGCAAAAGCACAAAGAGGCCCAUUCUAAGCAAAAAAUGUAUAUUCAGAGUUCAAACGGUUUCUCCGCUGCACGCUUCAGUGACUCGCAAAUCCGCCUACAAAUUUGCAGAGUUAUCGGCCGAAAGGUGGAGCUAAUAGUCCUGGCAAGUGUCUCGUGUCUAUUGCGAACGACGAUCAGUAGAGCGUUAAUGCGAGCAGCUCGUCCGAUUCACUGUCUGUUGCCAUGGUUGCCGAUAUUAGCCAAUCAUGAGCGAUUGGACAUCAAGCUGCGCUUUGAGCGAACGGUCCAGAUGCAUCAUGUUGAUGAGCCUCAUCUUGGUGUUUGGUUUAAUCGAAUAACGCGGGUUAGCGGAGACACAGAAUAAGAUCUGCGCUUUGACGCGGCACUCUAUUGAACAGAAACUAUUUGACAACGCAGGCCGACAAUCUCGAUCACUGAGUGCUCUCGACAAUGGACAAUCUCGCGCUUUUCGGCCAGGGACCCGCCGCAAUGUCUCACCAAGGCUUAGACAGAAACAUGGAGUCAAGCAAAGACUCAGGUCCGUUUGGUUUGAGUCCUUUUGUUGACUCUAACCAAGCAAUGCUAUCCCGCGCCGGUCUACACUUACCCCAUAGAAUCUCCGACCCGAUCCACUCGUCUAAACCACUACUAGGAUCUGAGGGACCUGCGUAUUCUUUCCAGCCUCACGGCAACCAGAUAAGAACUUCGUGCUCGUCUAGUUCGCAUGAUUAUCUCGGCUCUUCGUCCCUGGCUCACGGUCAUGCGAUGUAUGACAGUCUGGGCUCAAGCUCACGAUACCCACAGUGUCCGCCUGGCUUUAACCCUCUCGCGCUGCACCAGCCCAAGCCGGAGAUGAAGCCUCAUGGACGGAGCUUCUAUUCGCAAAUGCCAGUGCCGCCAGACAUGGAGACUGCACCACAGAGAGGGUUCCCUUUUCGUGGUACCACCGAGGUGUUUCCGCCCAGGGUUGACAUCUACCCACAGUCAGCGUUCGGCUACGAACAUCACCGGCCGAUGGCGCACCACCAACAAAUGUACUUCUCCUAUAUGAACCCAACUAACAAGAUUAUGACGUGCGAAUGGGUCGACCCGCAGAACUACGGGAAGGGCAAGAUUUGCGGAAAACAGUUUAGCGUACUGCACGACAUCGUACGGCACAUCAACGACGAGCACGUUAGUCAGAAUGAUUCGCCGCUUCACGUGUGCCACUGGAGAAACUGUACGAGAAACGGACUGCCUUUCAAGGCGAAAUACAAACUCGUCAAUCACAUCAGAGUUCACACAGGAGAAAAGCCCUUCCCUUGCCCAUUUCCUGGGUGCGGUAAACUUUUCGCGCGCUCCGAGAACUUGAAAAUUCACAAACGAACACAUACGGGCGAGAAGCCUUUUAUUUGUGAAUUCCCGGGCUGUGACCGCCGGUUCGCAAAUUCUAGCGAUCGCAAGAAGCACUCACACGUCCAUACAUCAGAUAAACCGUAUAACUGUAAGUACGAGGGCUGUAACAAGAGUUACACGCACCCUUCGUCUUUACGGAAGCACAUGAAGUUACAUGGCAUGUCUCCCUCUCCACCCCAUAUGUUGCACGAGUCAAGUAAUGACAAUCAACCAGAAGUCAUAGACAGCCCUUCUCCUCCUCCCCACCUUAUACCAACAUCACAAAACGCCACCAACACAAGUCAAGAACGUGAAGCUAGCAAUACGUGGUAUUCGUGUUAGUCUAGGGAAGAGUUUUCCGUGAAAAUUUUGUCGGCUUUUCAAGUUCAAUCAGACCUUUGUUGAUCGACUUAAUAAUAGUCUCUAACUUUAUUUUGCUGUCACCAUCUGAAACAAUGCCUCGGAAGUCACGCUUUCCGCAAUAUAAUAAACAUUAAAAGAAAGACGCAGGAACCAUCAAUUUUGAAUUUGCUUGAUGUGAUUCAAAAAAGUGAAAAAACUGGUCAGGAUGAGCCCAGUUCAUGAUUCGUGCCGCAGAGAGAAUAAUGUUGGCUACGGCAUCAAGUCUUUUUGUUUUACUAAAACCUCACGCGAAGGCCACACACUGGCGCAAAUCAGCAAGGAGCUUGUUUAGGGUAGAGACGCAACGACACGAGUUUAGUUUUGAGCCUGUUAUUUAACCCUUGAAGUUGGGUACAAAACACAACACACAUCUCCCACUUGACAUUCCGGUAGGAUCCAACCUCAGGCCACGGUAUUUGUGUCAAGCAAUUUUACAAGUUGUACAAAUAUUGAUAUAAUAUCCAGUUAGCUCUCUCAGUGGAGCGCAGACGAUGAGCAAAUCAGAGUCUCCAGCUUUUGCAUUUGUUAUAAUAAAUAUAGAGUCUUCAGAUGUGUGCAGACCCCCAAAGGCCACAAGGCGCUUAUUGUAAGGUACAAUUCAACGACAUAAUAAACUAUAAUUUACGCAAUCUG